AUGAUUAUACCUAUCAACGUCAACACUCUCCAAGUUUCCGGAGUUGUCUCAUUUUAUAUGUCAGCUGCGCUUGUUAUGGUGUUUGUCAAUAAGCUCGUUUUAAACAAUACACCGGAUCUCCCUUUGCUCUUCCUCCUGGCCCAGCUUUUAAUUGCCGUGGUCCUGCUUCACGUAUCUGCAGCCAUUUCUCACCGUGUCGAGAUACCACACUUUGACUGGGGCGUCGCCAAAAAGCUAACACCAGUUGUACUCGUGAAUGUUAUUGGACUUGUAUUCAAUACGCUUUGCCUUCGCGGGGUUGAAGCUUCUUACUUUCAAAUUGCGAGAGGGCUUCAACUGCCUUUGACAAUACUCGUCUCGUCAAUCUACACCCGUUGUGUUCCGUCUAUUAAAACAAUUGCGGCUGCUGUGCUCGUCUCUUGCGGCUUUUUUGUCGGCGUAGCUCCAUCAAGCGCGUUACCAUCACUUGCUAACCCCACCCCCAUAACUUUGUUCUAUGGAAUCUUAUCCUCUUUAUUCAUCGCCUUACACGCCGUUCUCAUAAAAAGCUCACUGCCUCAUUGCGAGAACUCUACCAUUCAACUUGCAUGGUGGACCAACGUAGGUUCCGCUGUAUUCUUGCUUCCUUUCGUGGUCUUCAACGGUGAACUCCAAAUUCUCCGAGACAAUAUUCUUGAAGGCAGCUGGGAUGGAAAGGUCUUCGGUUGGGGUUGUCUGGUGACUGGAGUCUUUGGAUUUUUACUCUGUGUCGCGGGUCUAUUAUCUAUCAAGGUCACAAGCCCCAUCACACACAUGUUUUCCAGCGCUGCAAAGAGCGUACUUCAAACUCUUCUCGGCGUUUAUAUAUUCCACGACAUCCUGACUGUGAACCGUAUCUCCUCCAUUCUCAUUAUCCUUGGUGGCACAAUGUAUUAUACUUGGGCAAAGUCCUUCGAAUUCAAACCCCCACAACCUGAGAUGGUGGAUUUGGAGUCUGCACGCCGUCCUUCCCAAAUGAUGGAAAGCCGCGACUCAAAGAUUCAUACGGUAGUAUGGUCAGUCGAUGAGGAGGAAAAACGGUGA